AUGAUAUUUAUUAGGCUAUUAUUAUCUAUACACAUCUAUUUUUUGAAUUAAUAUAAAUAAUACCUUACUCUCUAUUUUACCAUAAAAUAAAUUAAUAGUUUCAUGUAUAAAUCUGUCACUCUAUUAAAAUACCUUGUUGCUAAUGCUAGUUUAGGUUUUGUGUAUUUUGGAUACUCAGUUGGUUAUUUGAAUCCUGCAUUAUAAACAGUAGACGUUGUUUUUGGAAUCACAGAAAAUGUUGAUUAUUUUAAUGGCCUAUUAUCAGGUAUAGAAUACUCCUAUUUAGCAAUUAUGACUAUUGGAGCUGCAAUUGGUGUUUUGAUCAUGCCAAACAUGUUGCAAUAUUUCAGUAGAAGACAAUCAUUAAUUAUUUUGGACUUCUUUGGAAUUUUGGGAUACGGAGUUUAAUUAAUUGGAGAGUGGAAGUUUUUGGUAAUUGGAAGGUUUGUAGCAGGCGUAGUACUUGGUCUUAAUUCGGCAUUGGUAAAAUAAUGAAUCUAAUUUCAUUAAGGUUCCAGUUUAUGUAAAUGAGUUCAGUCCUCCAGAACUCUAAGGCGUAUUAGGUUCCAUUAUGACAAUGUCUGGUAGCUUUGGUUUAUUUCUCUCUUUCACUAUAGGAUUAUGGUAUAUUGCAAAAAAUAUAUUUAUUUAGGUAUAAGCAAAGCCCAACCAUAGAUGAUCAGUAUUGGAGAGUCGGGUUUUCUUUUCCUUUGUUAGUUUGUGCCUUUCGUAGUUACAAUCUCAUUAGCAACUUUAAACUAGAUUCGCCUAAUUAUUAUAUCAGUAUAAAUGAUGAGCAAAAUGCUAUUGAAUCUAUAAAGGUGAUAUAUUAAGAAUAAUACGUUUAAGAUGUAUUGAAAUAAAUAAAACAAAAUCAAAAGUAUAUGAUGCAUUGAUGUUUAGGCAAAAUACGAGUUCAACAGAAUCGUAUAAGGAUUUACUUUACGGAAGAUUAUUUAGGAAUUUAGUUAGAAUUUCUGUAUUAGCAUGCAUAGGAUAACUGUUAGGCAUUAAUGCUGUGAUAUUUUACUCAACCUAGAUCUUUAACUAGAUUACAAAUAAUGAUGUGUAGAAAUCAAAUAUUCUCAAUCUUUUCAUUCCUUUAUUGGGCAUUCUCGGAGCUUAUUUGAUGGGUUUUCUGCUAAAUAAAAUAACGAGAAAAAAUUUCUUUUUAUUAGGAGCUGUAUCGUGCGUGUUAAUUGAGUUUCCCCUUGGAUAUAUGACAUCAUUAUAGGAAUAACCUGCUAUCCUAGUUGUGAUAUUCAUAUUUCUCUUUAUAUUGCUAUUUUCUACAACAAUAGGACCUGCAUUUUGGGUAAGUUGAUUUUAAUAUCAUAGGUUGUAAUGCCAGAAAUGGUUUCUCCAAAAGGAGUUUGUGUUGCGACUAGUGUAAAUUGGUUGGGCACAGCUGUUGUGGGCCAAUUUUUCCCAAUGCUGGUCUCUUCUUUCAGCAUAUCCGCUUGCUUUUACAUCUUUUCAUUUGCAGGAAUCUUAGGGAUAUUUUACAUAUAAUACGAUUUCACAACAGACCCAAAAAAUAUUGACACUUAGGAAAACACAGAACUGGUGAUUUUAAAUUAAUGA